AUUAUAGUAAAAAAGUUCGAACAGAUAGCAUUAGAUAUCAUGGGUAUUGUUACAACAGUUACCGGUUGGGCAACCUUUGGCGUGGCUGUAAGAGUGCUUUCUAAUAGCAUUCAAGGGAGACCUUAUUUUGCUAAACCAGCGACGCACGCACUCACGGCAGUAUUCUUUACGGGAGUUGGAACUUAUCUCUAUUUUGCUAAUGAACGUUUAGAGGAGUUGAUCGAAAAAAGAAAAAAGAUUUUAUUGGCCAAUAGAAAACAUAGGAAAGAGUUGGAAGCUUUGAGAAUCGGUCGAGAUCACAUGUUUAUCCAUCUCGAGGUUAAAUGGUUCACGAGAUAUAUUCUUUAA